ACCACUCCCUCUCUCAGUGUGAACGGAAGAGCAAGUCUAGUCUUCACUCGUUACAGUUUUGCCAUCAGACGUGUUUUUAUCGAGGACUAUGUGCGCAGCCGAGAAUGGCGGAGGCCAACGCUCUUGAGGAACUGCAGUCGGAGCUCACCUGUCCGGUGUGUUUGGAGCUGUUCCGUGAUCCGGUGAUCCUCGAGUGCGGACACCACUUCUGCCAGGUGUGCAUCAUCCAGUGCUGGGAAGCCAAGGCGGACGAGUUGUCGAGUUGCCCGAAGUGUAGAAAGUCGUGCGGCCGUAAGCUCAGACCCAACUCGCUUCUGUGCAACGUCGUGGACAGUGUGCGCAGAGCCCGGGCCAUGGACACAGCCGCGGGGAUAAUCGUGUGGGACCCGGAGGGUGCGCUGGAGGAGCCGGAGGAUCGGGAGCCGGGGUCCAGUAUGAGCAGCGUGGCCUCUUCCAUCGGGCACUGGCCGCGCCUGGGUAUGGGUAUGGAUAUGUGCGAGGAGCAUGAGGAGAGGCUGAAGCUUUACUGUGAGGACGACCAGCUGCCCAUUUGUCUGGUGUGCGGCAUGUCCCGGGACCACAAGACCCACAAUGUCAUCCCCAUCACAGAGGCCUUUGAAAACUACAAGGAUAAGCUGUCUGUCGCUCUCGAGAGGACUCAGCUACAGAGCGAGGAGGCCACGCUCUUCCAAAGGCAGACCAAUGAGAAGAUCCUCCUCAUUAAGGAGCGAGCAGGGGAUCUGGAGGAGCUGGUCACGGCAGAGUUUGGUCGUCUGAGGGAGUUCCUACUCGAGGAGGAGGAACGCAUAAAGGAGAAACUGCAGAGGCAGAAAGAGGAGAAGCUCAACCAGCUGGAGGAGGCACUCACUCAGACAACAGAGCAAAUCAGCCAACUGGAAAGUACGGCUGACCAGCUUUGCCUCAAACUGAGGGAAGAAGAAAACCCAGAGCAACUCAAGGGAAUCAAAGAUUUCAUUGGAGGGGCUGAGAGCUUGUUUGAGCGCCCCCCAGAGGUGAAUGUCAGUCUGCAGUCGGCAGAGUUCCUGGGACCUCUGCAAUACAGGACCUGGAGGAAAAUGAGUUCAAUUUUUCAGCCAGCUGUCACAGCGGUGUCCCUCGACCCUGACACAGCCUACCCCUGUCUGUGGGUUUCCCCCUGUCGCACCAGCGUCCAGGUGGGAAGAAUCCAACCCAACCUGCCCAACAACCCCGAGCGUUUCACCCGCUACAACAUCGUCCUGGGCUCUGAAGCUUUCUCCUCUGGCAGACACUACUGGGAGGUAGAGGUGGGCUCCAAAACAGCGUGGGGUCUGGGCGUGGCCACAGCCUCGGUCAACAGGAAGGAGGAGAUCAGCCUCUGCCCUGAUGAUGGUUUCUGGACCCUGGUGCUGAGGGACAGCGGCAAUGGCAACAGCGAGUAUGAAGCAUGCACAGACUCAGAGGAGAGCUUGUUACAUCCCUCCAAGCCCCCCAGGAGGGUGGGGGUCUAUCUGGACUAUAACCGUGGUGAAGUGGCGUUUUAUGAUGCAGGAGACAUGAGCCACCUCUUCACCUUCUAUGAUGCAAAAUUCAAAGAGCCUGUUUUCCCGUACUUCAAUCCCUGGCCGAUUAUCAACGGAUACAACCGGGAGCCACUUACCAUAGUAACGCCACACUGGUGAUAGAUGUCCUUUAUAUCGGAGGAUUGACGCAGACUUCAGAAUAAAACUUCUGAAGAAGAUUCAGUAACUGAUGAAUUUAAAUAGACUCAUCAUAUGAGCAUUGACACAUGGUGCAGAACAUGCAGGAUACACUGUAGUAUUAUUCAAAGACUUGAAAUAAGAUGGUAAAACUACUAAAAAGUCAAACAACACUUUAAAGGACAUGGUUGAUAUUUUACAUUUUUUUUAUGUCAACAAGUCCCAUGAAAAGUCCAAAACCAACAAUGUAUUGAUCCAACUAACAAGUAUUGUCUGUAGUUUAUGUUGGCUCCAACAUUGUGUUGGUUCUGAAUUCAUUAGAAAAGGGGUAAGGCAUAUUGCUUGCUAAGGUAACCAAAGACUUAAAGGUUCUCUGUGGAGUUUUAGACCUCUAGAAGCACAAUGGAGCUAUUUUUCCAUGAGUGGCUGCCUGUUUCAGAGUGGGUCACGAUUUCACACUUUUCCACUCAUCUACAGAUGGCGGCAACAUGCAAAGAUAUGCUGCAAUGCACAGAUAAAAACAAGGGAAAGACUGCUAGCUCAUUGAUUCAAACAAUGCUGGAUUUAAAGUACUGUAAAGAACUGGAUUCAAAUUUGAUUUAACACAGUUGUUAGACCUUAAUGAUAUAUGCAUUGCAUUUUGGUGAGUAAAACUGAAUGUAAACAAAACUUUUAUUUGUUUUCAAGAAAACUCCACAGGGCCCUUUUAACUGGUAGAGUCUCUGCAGGAAGGUUUUGAAAUUGUAUUAACUAAAUUUGUUGCAAUGUCUUAUUGUGUGUGUUGAAAUAAUAUCUAACAAUAUAAGUAAUCUUUUUACUGUUUUAUAGCUGUGAUGUUUCCUGUUGUUCUAAUGACAUGUCUGUACAUCUAAAGCAACGAUGUGUGUAGUAGAUGUAACACAAUUAAUAACUUCUAUAUGCCUUUACUUUACAAAGGACAUUUACCUUUAAGUGUCCCACCACCACCACAUUUGUCCAACACAACUCUGUGAAAAUGUAAUUUUAAAAUACUUUCUAAAUGUUUCGUUAUGACCAGAGAAAACACUGUCUAGAUAUUUGACAUGAAACUUUAAUGAUAUGAUUAAAUUUCCUACUGAUUGUU